AUGGUUAUGAAACUUGUAGUUUUAGGACAUUCAUUUGUCAGUAGAUUGGAAGACUUUGUGAAUAGUUCUCCUGAUAACCGUGUGACAAAAAAUUUGAACUUAAGUUUGGAGGAAAUUCAUGUUUCAUAUGCAGGAUUUCGGGGAGCGACAUUGUCAAAGGUUAGGGCGCAAGGUCUGCGUUACGUAAGGCUGUUUCAUCCAGAUGUGGUGGUAUUGCAAGUCGUAUCAAAUGACCUCUGUGAUCCUACUAAAUCAGUAUCAGAUGUCUUCAAACAAUUGAUUGACUUUGUUAUAUCCCUUCGUUAUGCAGAAUCAGUGAAACAUGUUGUAAUUCUACAAACUUUACAAAGAAGACCCCCUAGUUACCGCAUACGUUAUGAAGUGGAUACUCAGUGGUUCAAUGAAAGAGUGGAUGAACUUAAAAUGAGAAUAUCAUCCUAUUUAUGUAAUGUGGAAGGAUCAAAAUUUUUCCGCUUAUCAGGUUUCUGGUCCUCUGCAAGUCAGGACAUGGUGUUUUCUCAAGAUGGUAUGAGCGAACCCAAAAGUGCCAAACGCCAACCAAGAGGGAGGCGAACUCAGGUCAUUCCAGCAGCAGCAGGGUCUGCAGAGCAGGCUGCACAACAGACUGUGCAACAGACCGCACAGGACCAGCUGGUGGCAGCAGUAACGGACAAGGUCCUAGAAGCGAUCAGAAAUGAAUCCAAUCAGGAGUCCCAACAGAUGGUAGAAACUGAGGAUAGGGGAAGGAAAAAGCACAGAGAGCCAAAGAAAAAGAGAAAAAGAAUAUCUUCACCUCCUAGAUCACCUUCCAUUGCAGGUAGAGAAAUUCAAGGAAUUAGCACCUUACAUGGACAAGUUCCCAGCCAACAUCCCUCAGGAGUACCUACACAUUUAGUAAAUUCGACAUCAAAACUGCUUGAUGCUGCAAUGUCAAAAAAUACCCAGGUGUCAUAUGAGGUAGCUUUAAAUGCUUAUCAUAAAUUCUUCCGGGCAAAUUUCAGUACAAGUCCAACAUUUCCAUCUCAGUUAAAUCACAUUAUGUCUUUUAUAGCAUGGUUAUAUCAACAUAAAAAAAUCUUACAACACAAUAAAUACCUUUGUUGCAGGUAUUUCUUAUUAUCACAAAAUACAUGGUCUCUCUGACCCAACUCAGUUUUUUGUCAUCAAGAAGCUUCUCAAAGGAGCUCAGCACUUAUCCAAUGCUCCAGAUAUCCGUUUACCAAUAACACCUCAUAUUCUUUUCAAGCUAGUCC